AACAACAACUAAAAACUUCCAGUUUUUACUGGCCUUAGCUUUUUCCAUGGAUGAAGUCAACAGGAACCCUGAUCUUCUACCAAAUUCAUCAUUCAUAUUUGAAUGUGUAGAGCAUGGCUGUGACACUGGGCCACAAAUAUAUAGUCACUUUCAGUUUUCUGAAGUAGUUCAUGAUUAUCCCCCUAAUUAUAUGUGUCAUGAAGAGACUAUGUGUAUCGUGGUCCUUACAGGACCAAAUUUUGCGACAUCUGUGAUCAUUGGGAACACGCUCAAUCUCUUCAAACCUCAACAGUUCCUUCAGAUUACCUAUGGACCUGUCCAUCCCAUCCUGAGCAAUCGUGAACAUUUUCCCUCUCUGUAUCAGAUGGCUGCCAAGUACACAUCUUUAGCCCUGGCCCUGAUCUCUCUGAUGCUUCACUUCAACUGGAACUGGAUUGGACUGGCCAUCUCAGACAAUGAUCAGGGUACUCAAUUUCUCACACAAUUAAGAGGAGAGAUGGAAAAAAUUACAGUCUGCUUUGCCUUUGUGAGUGUGAUCCCAGUCAAGAUGCAUUUAUUCUUGACAAGAGUUGAAGGUUAUUAUAACCAAAUCAUGACAUCAUCCACAAAUGUAGUUGUCAUUUAUGGUGACCCGAAGGGUUCUCUAGCUGUGGCCUUUAGAAGGUGGCAAUCUCUAGGUUUACAGAGAAUAUGGGUCACCACCUCACAGUGGGAUGGCACUACAACUAAGAAUGACUUCCAACUUAAUUCAUUCAAUGGGAAAAUAACUUUUGCAUACCAUCAUGCUGAGAUUUCUCAUUUUAAAACAUUUGUCCAGACAUUGAACCCUCUCAAAUACACAGACGAAUUCCUGGCCAGGCUGGAGUGGAUGAACUUGAACUGCAAAGCCUCAGCUUCUAGGUGUAAGACCCUGAAGAAUUGCUUAUCCAAUGCCUCAUUGCAAUGGCUAAAGGCACAGACUUUUGACAUGGCCUUUAGUGAUGAGAGUUAUGAAAUAUAUAAUGCGGUGUAUGCUGUGGCCCAUGCCUUCCAUGCAAUGCUUCUUCAGCAUGUUUACAAU